AUGGCAGAUCCUCUUCUUUACGACCGUCUUGUGCGGCGCUUUAUGUCUGCAUCAGAACGCGAAAGGGAAGACCGCGAGAGAGGCUAUAGUGGUAUUCUAGAAGCCGAUCUUGUGCGCUCCGAAGCAAAGAUUGAAGCUCUUCAACACCCCGAUCCGAAUAGUCCGAUGGCAUAUCGGAGAGCACCGAAUGGGAGUAUUGUAGCUGUUGAAGCGGAGGAUGAGAAAGUGCUGGACAAAGAGGAGGGAUGGAGGAUGUGGGUUGAUUACCAGACGCAGAGGUUCUUGAGGGGCGAGGAUCAGGUAAGAGAUUCUGUGAUUGAGAUUCGUUUGUAUCUGUCAAUUGACUGUGAGUGUGUAGAAUUUUGAUUACUCUGCUGUGGAUGAGAACGAUGAAUACGACGAUCGAGCAGAAGAGGAUCGGAGUCGUCUGGACCAGUAUUUUGCUCAGGAAGAUGCUGAGUAUGUAGGCGAGGGCACGCCGAAAGGAGAGACUGGGAUUCAAGACUUUUGA